GUGAAUAUAUUUGAUUUUUAUUUAUCCUUUUUGCCAUAUUUCAUAAUGGCAACAUUUAUAAGAAAGUAAACAUUUAUUGAAGUAUUGGGUAUAGUUAGGGGUUAAGCGCGGGGCAAGUUGAUCGGAAGUUAUCAAGCUGCUGCAUAUGGCGGUUCUUUCCCACACAUUGUGGUUAUGAUAUAUGAUAGCAUUAACUGACAGGAAAUUUUAGAAGAUGUCGCUUGAUUUUCUCACACAAAUCAUUGAGGAGAUCGCUCUGGAAGGUCUGGAUGGAGCCACCCUGAGCACGUUGUGGACGAGGCUGGAGCAGAGGAAGGGGUUCCAGCUGGCCGUUGAUGACAAGUCUAAACUGUAUCUGUGGAAGAGCUUUGCAGGUCAUGUUGACUUGCAGUUCUAUGAGAUGCAGGACCCCCGACCACCCCUGGUCUAUGUGAACAGAUUUGAUUUCAUCGAUCCUGACACUGGCUUCUGGAUAGACACGGACCUGGGCCCAAACAUCUACCCUCUCAAGAUGAUCACAGGCGAGGAUGUGCAGGGGUCAUGUGAAGCCUUUCUCACACGCAAAGAUGUCACAGACGAUGUUCGGGAAGGAGAGUGGAAAGUCAAACUAUCACUAGAAGAUGCAAUUGAGAGGUGGGGAGAUAGGCUUGUGGUUGUAGCGAGUCAGGCCCUGAGGUCAACAACAUUGCUUGGAACCGAGGCCAAGUCCACUCUACGCAUCGAUGACAUCGAGUACUGCCUCCUGGAGAGAAUUGCAAGAUCUCGUUACAAUGGGGAGGUGACGACACACUCUGAGGUCACUGGAAGUUUGGGUGUGUUCAAGAUCGAGUCCAAGAAACUGUUCUAUCAUUGCAAGAAGCUGGUGAAACUAAAGCUGAUCACAAAGCAGGCGUUCUGUAUCCGUGACGAGAAGGGGAAGCAGCUCAACUGUCGCCUGAUGCACCUGCGCCGCUACUUCAGUCGCAUCAUGAGCAAGACACGCAUGCUGCUGGAGACGGUGUGUAAAUACCUGGAGAGCAAGGAGAACCACUCCGAGGUCACCACCAUCGUCAGGGAGGACUUUGAUCUUCCAGAGGUAGCCUUCAAAAGGCUGAUCAAGGACAAAUCGUUCUUCGUGGUGCAAGAUGUACCAUACCGCCAGUUCUACCCUGAUGCCCCAGAAGAGGAGUUUCUCACAAAGUCAUUCCUGAAGGAGCGGAACCUGAAAGUCAUCAAGUUGGUGAAGCCAUUCAAGGAGGAAGUAGAUGAUGACGAUGAUGACGAGGAAGAUGACAGGGUUGCAGAUUAUGCAGCGGUGCCGUGGUUGUAUGAGCGGCCACUUCUUCAGCAGGCAAUGAUGCAUUUUGAGAAGGCGGGUGCGCAGGGGUUGAUGCAGACACAGCUGCAGUCGUUGAUGACCCUGCCCCGUCUCGAGUGUCGCACCAUUGUACGCAACCUCCUCAAGUGUGGGGUCAUCACCAGUGUCAUGAAAAGUUUCGGCAAACAGAGAACUUCAAUUCUGAUAGCUACCAAGUUUUACAAUGCGAGCAAGCUGAGCCAAGAGUUUGACAUUGAGAAGAGUCGCCUGAUGGAACACAUGCAGGGGGAGAUUCUGUCAGCAGAUGACAGCAUAGCUGAGGUCGUGACAGACAUGGAGAAAUCGCAGACUGAGGCAAUCGAUGUCGAUACCUCGGCUAGUCUGAAGCCAGACGUGACGACUAUCAGUGUGUCCGUUGUCAGCACCCCAGAAGCAGAUGCCACUAAAACUCCUCCUGGAAAAGCAGUGAAGCGGAAGGCAAAACACCCCAAGAGUGGAUCACCGGCUGCCAAAUCUCCCAAAUCAUCCAUUUCCACCCCUGACGGCAACCUGUUGGACCUCAAACAUUUGACUGCCCUGAAGCUGAGGAGGGCAAACAAAAUCCUUGACGCCUUGAAAGAAGCAAAGGUUUUUGAAAGUAUUCCUGCCAUCUACAAGAUGCUGCUGAUGACGGAGGCGGAUGAGGGAUGUACAGAGAGAAUGGACAGGAAGACAAUGACCCAACUCAUCAACUGGCUAAAGGCCAACGGCAAAAUCAAGAUUAUUAAGUCCAUUGUUCAGCAAGAAGAUCAGGUCCUUGAGCUGGAGUUUGUGUGUUCGCCAGACGUGCAGCCUCAGGACCAGAUAAUCAAAACCUUCAUCGAUCACGCCAAGAUGAAGAAUUUUGGGAUGAAGAAGAAACAUGGCAGCAAGUCAUCGAGGGGUGAUCCAACACUGCAUCUGCCACCAGAUCUUCCCGAGAGUCUUCGAGAGAGCAUCAUGAAGUUCCGCGAGUAUCGUAGCAAGCUGAAGGUGGAGGAGAUGGUGUAUGACCCGAGUGCAUAUAUGAAGUACAACUUCCUGCCAAAGGUGAAGCGACACAAGAUGGUGUAUGAGUACCUCCACUACCUCCUGUACGGCUACGCUGGCCACCUUGUUGAUCAGUCAGAUUCUACCGAGGCCUCAGCUCUGAGUCAGGACGAUGAGUCAGGGGACACAGGAGCGAAGUCAGACGAACAGAGUCACCUGUCUGUCCAUGAACAGAUCGAGGCCAUGAAAGAACCGCCACUUUAUCUGGAUGAUUUGACAUGGAAACGGUACCUGGCGCCACUUCGGUCUAACCAUGGACAUGGCCAGGGUUGGUUUUUGAUGAGUGACGUGCUUGUGCUGAUGCCUCUGGUUGUCUACUGCAAGGUCGUCAGUCUGCCAUACAAGAUUGAUGGUCUGAUUGAGAUGCUGGACCACCCUAAGAAGCGGUUCUACCCAGUGGUGUGCCUCCCGCCCUCCAUCAGACAGCAGGUGCUGUUCGCGCGGCGCUACACACAGUCCUUCCACGACAGCUGCUACCAGCUCUGCCUCAUGGGGCUGCUGUCAUUUGGGCCGCAGGUCUUCAAAGAUAAGGACAAGUGUUUUAUGUUCCUUCAAAAGAAGGCUCUCCUGCUGGACACAAGGACAUCCAUCAUUGCCUACUGCAAGACCACCCCAGAACUGGAUGUAUCCUUCAAGGAGCAAUACUACACACUCAACACAGAUGAGGAUGUCCACACUUACUGGUGUGACCUGGAGGUCAUUGCCCUCAACUCCAACCUCGGCUACAAGGGAGUGUUGGACAACGAAGACGACACAGAGCCAAGCUUCUCCCUGGUGGACGCCCUAACUAAUGUCAAGUUCCAGGAGGACCCCCCCAUCCCAUACCUCCCGGGGGACCGGCGUGGUGCUUCGGGCUUCGACUCCAGCCUAUUCCUCCAUCUCAUCCGUAACUGGUCUCGUCCGGGGGAGGUGAGACGGAAGAAGCCAGACACACACAACGAGCUGGUCAAGAGGCGAGCGGCGCAGCGAACACGCAAAAAGAAAACAGGUGUUCAAGAGAGGAAUGAAGGUGGGAGAUUGAAGUUCCUGUCAACGUCUCUCAGCAAGCGCCUACCGCGAUUAAUCCCACAACAACAGCUGGGCAUGAUGGGACCUUUCACUGAAGACAAUAAACCAACCAUGUCUAAGAGGACUCGAGGAAACCGGGGUGGGAAGGGCGUGAAGAGGAAGCCUCUGGACAAAUCUGCUGACGGUGCGAAGAAGAUGAAGAUUCCCAAGCUGAGGACUGCUUUCAGGAUCUCCAACAAAAACAGGAAGAUCAGAACGAGGAAGCGACCCGAAGACAAGAUACGUAAGCGUACCUAUGACGACAUUGACCGGUCGGCUCUGGGCCUCAUGAUACAGGAGAGAGUGACCUGGACAGCGCGGGAAGACACAAUAAUACUGCUGUGCAAGACGGCCAGCCUGCUGCUGGCACGGCACCGUCGGGGGAUGAUCGUCCCGUGGACAGUGGUCCGUGACAUCCUGCAUGAUGCUGUCCCUGAGUCCAGAGACAAGUCCUCCCCAGCUUGCCAGAGACGGGUGGCUUUUGGGAUGAAGAACCCUCAGACGAUGAUGAGUGUGUCCAUCUACCUGGGAGAAGCUCACCAGGACAAGGAGCUGAUGGAGAAGUAUGGAUACCGCCCGUUCAAAUCUGUGGAGAAGGACAUCAGGGAAAUCUUCAAGGGCUGUGUUCAGAUGCUCAUAGACAAAUUCACGUCUGGUGAUCAGGAGAAGAUAAUCCUGCCGGCCACCCUGACGGAGUUGAGGGAGAACUUCAAUGUGAAGGUAGCUGGGCCGAUCACCACGAAGGAGCAGCCGCCGGAAGUCUUGAAGGAGAAGAAUGUGUACUACUACACCCUGCAGAACCUCAUACACUCCUACAUCUCGGCACAGAAAGACAAGCAGGGUCGAGCAUACGAGAUGUUCCGCCUCUUCAAGCAGUACCCGGAUGAGCUUCUGGCCCAGGUCUUCAACGACAUGAACAAGAUGGGGCUCAUCACCAAGGUCAAGAAGGACAACCCAAAUCACAUCAGGAAGCGUCAGUUUGUGACAGCAGUUGCGCACAAGAAGCUCACACAGAAGUACUACUACAACUUCCACUCACGGUUCCCGGCCAACCUGUUCACCCAGAGCUACACAAUGCUGGACAAGAUAGUGCAGGUGUACACCGAGGGGGUCAGUGAUGGGGUGGAGCUUGGGGGCGAGACCGGUGACUACCUGGGGGGACAUGUCGCCACCAUCUGUGGCCUGUUUGCCAUGAAGAAGCUUGACUUCUGCCUGCGUAUCCCAGAAGACAUCCUUAUCGUUGAUAAAGUUGGUUUAGUGAAGGAUCCAGUGGGUCGAGGCAAGACUCAAGCCCGGUCAGCACCUUCACAGACAUCUACAGCUAGACCACACGCUACAGUGUCAACAAUGGUGCAGUCCACAUCAACCUCCACAUCGGCGUCAACCUCAACAUCAACAGGCACCUCCUCAGAGCCAGUGGUGCCUGAGAGUGACAUGAUCGUGGUGGAGGAAGUGGAGGUUGCAGCUGAUAGCAGCAGUCCCCACUCUGGACCAGGACCAAGCACAUCGUUUGCUGCUGACACCGUGGAAACAAUGAAGAGGAGGAACUGCCGCAGUCUCGUCAUCAUCGAAGGUGAAAUCGGUGCCGGUGAAAGCCUGUUGUCCAAGGUCCCAUCACGGAAUGCAUCUCGGUCCCUCCUGUCCCUAGCUCGGAACCGGAUCCUGUCCUCAGUUGAUACCAAAUCCUCGAACGUUCAGGAUCACUUUGUCAUCAACUCCUGUGACGUCAAAGUAUCUCUCCACCUGGCAUCGACAGUAACGCCAUCAGCUGAUGGCCGACUGACGGACAGGGAACUGGAGGAGACGAAAAACCUGUUCCUGAAGCCCCAGAAGGCCAAGGAGAUGUAUCGCAAGCACCUGCAGUACUUCCCCUUCCACCUGGACCUGCAGGAGGUGUGGGAGGAGCUCGGCAUGGAGUACGGCACCGAGGAUGUCGUCAUGAUCAAGAAAGUGUACGAGGCCAUCCACAGCAGUAGCAGCAUUGGUGUCCGAGAGAGUGCCAUCAAGGCUGAAUACAAGACAAUAUGCAACAUCUCCCUAGUCAUCAUGGUGCUGUUGGAACAGAAGGCGAUCCUGCGUGUCGGUGUGGCCAAAGUGAGACUUGUGAGUCUUGGCAACGCCAGACCCUGGCUGAUCCAUUCCUACAAGAACACAAAGGGUCGCACCUCAAUGCUCAGGAGCAUGGACCAGGAGGCAGACAGAGUGUCGCUGGAUGAGUUUCCUGAUGGCGAGCCUCAGACAAGGGGAGAUAAGUAUGUCUGUGAUGCUGGAACCAGUACAGCGGAUCUGAAUCAAGCUGACGAUGGAAGCCUGUUGGAUCAGGGGACACAGACCCCCCUACCAGAAAUGCCAUUUGCUCUUAGCUCCUAUGAGAAGGUUCGACUGAUUGCCCGGCCGUGGAGGAAGCCCGAGGGACAUCUCAACAAGUGGCUGCUGAAGUUCAUGCUGGAGUCGGUGAUGCUGUACAUCAUGUCCAACCCAGGGGUCCGCAACACCGCCAUCUACCAGAAGUACACACCCUACCUGCAGCCAGUUGUAGUACAGGAGCUUGUUGAGAUGCUGGAGGAUCUCAAUUGUCUGACCCGCACAUGUCUCACAGUCAAGGUCAAGUCCUCCCUGUUUCACAAUGCAAAAGUUGAACGAGUUGCUUCAGGAAGUCUUGACGACGACAUCGUUAUGUACGAAGCGAAGAUGGAUUGUACCUUUAAGCUUGGACAGUUUGUGUCAUCGCUGACGUGAAACCCACCAUGAUGACUGUCGCCAUCAUCCGUUCAUAUCAAUCAUUAAACAUACUGAGAGCAUCAGGGCCAAUUAUUGAACAUUUACAGAGUAGCAUCCACUCAUUGACCUCCCUCACUUUAGGCGUUCCUCCACCAUAUUAUUAAAGCAGUGUAAAACACUAAAUCUUUUGAACUUGUCCAUCAUCUUCUCAAUUCAUCAUUGAACAUCCACGGAACGUCAUCCUCUCAUGUCAAUCAUGGAACGUUCCCAGGACAUCACCACAUGUCAACUUCAGCAACCCAUACUUGUUGCAAGAGGCGACUAUGCUUGUCGUAAGAGGUGACUAACGGGAUUGGGUUGUCAGGCUCACUGUCUUGGUUGAUGCAUGUCAUCGCAACCCAAUUGCGUAUAU